AUGUCACCUGCUGCUGAACCCGCUCUCACUCCACUUCCCUUCUCUCCUCUCUCCGAACAAUUCACCACACUCGCCAAAGCUGGAUCCAACAUCGAAGCCAAAUCUUCCGCUGAUGCCAUUGCCUUGAUCCUCAAGAAAGCCCCUCGAACACUCGAAGCUAUUCAAGAUGGUAAAGUCGUAGAUGUAGUCUUGGCUUGGUCAGGCUCCAAAUCAGGCUACGAACGAGAAUCUGCUCCUGUUUUAGUCGAAAGACUCUGUAGAUCACUGGGCACAGGUAUUGAAGGUGUAUUUUUGCCUUUGAUCCCUGCCCUGUUGAACUUGGCAAUGGACAAAGGACAACCUGUACGAACUGCAGUCAACUCUGCCAUGACUUCUUUGAUCAAAGCUGCAGCCCCCGAAGGUUCAAGAUUGAUCCUCGAUGUACUGUGUAGAUCUCUGGAGGAUUCUAAAGGUUGGAGAUCAAAAGUUGCAGCUUUAAAAGCUAUCGAAAAUUUGGUCAAACCAGGUGCUGAAGAUUACAUCGCUCAAGAAUUAGGUCAUGUCAUUCCUUUUGUUGAACAUGCUAUGCACGAUACCAAAACAGAAGUCUCUGCUGCCGCCCAAAAAGCCGCUACUACCCUUUGUGGAACCCUCCCUAACCCCGAUGUCCUCAAACAUAUCAACCUUCUUGUAUCCGCCAUGGCUGCCCCUGCCGCUGUGCCAGGAACCAUUAAAGGUCUUUCUUCUACCACAUUUGUCGCUGAAGUCAACGCCCCUACACUUGCCGUCAUGGUCCCUCUUUUAUCUCGAGCUCUCAAAGAGCGAUCCACCGAAACUCAACGAAUGACCUGUAUUGUCAUAGGAAACUUGGUCAAGCUUGUUAGAGACCCCAACGUGGCUGCACGAUACCUUGGCCCUUUGUUCGGAGGUGUUCAACAACUUGCUACCGGUGCCGCUUUCCCUGAAAUCAGAGCUUUCGCUCAAACCGCUCUUGACAUUCUUAUCGGCGCGGGUGCUUCAGAGUCCGCCACUCCUCUUCCUCCAAGAGACAUCAACCUUGCUGUCACUGAAGCUUUGAAAAUCAUGGCUCCUCACCUCAAGGUCGAAGGUCUUCCAGCUCACCCUUCCAUCCCUCUUUCAGUCUCCAUGCCUCAAGCUCCUGUUCUCGCUCACGCUAUCGAAUAUCAAGCCAACGUGGUAGCUGACCUCGUCGAUCUUCGAAGAUGGGAUGAAAGUGUCUGGGAGGCCAAAGGUCUCGGUUCAUUCAUGAAACUCCUUUUGGGUACGGAAGAAGGUAACAACGCUACCGCUGGUAUCCGAAAAGCAUUCUUGGACAUAGAUCAAGCUAAAUUCGCACCCCCAGAGGAAGACGAUGGAUCAGAAGGUCAACUUUUGUGUGAUAUCCAAUUCUCCCUCGCCUACGGUGGUUUAUUGUUGUUGAACCAUACCAACCUCAAGUUAAGAAGAGGAAGAAGAUACGGUAUCUGCGCAGGUAACGGUGCUGGUAAAUCUACCCUCAUGAAAGCUAUCAGAGAUGGAAAAGUUGAAGGUUUCCCUCCUCAAGAUGAAUUACGUACCAUCAUGGUCGAACACGCUCUUCAAGGUGAAGAUGGUUCCCAGGGUAUUCUCGACUUCAUUUCUGCUGAUCCCAAACUCGUCCAAAAGACUAAACAAGAGAUCUCUGCCAUGCUUUUAUCUGUCGGAUUCUCUGAUGAGAAACAACGAGACCCAGUCGCCUCGUUAUCUGGUGGUUGGAAGAUGAAGUUGGAGUUGGCCAGAGCCAUGUUGAUCGGUGCCGAUAUCUUGCUACUGGAUGAGCCUACCAAUCAUUUGGAUGUUCAAACUGUCGCUUGGCUUGAAGAUUACGUCUGUAGUCUGUCGGACGUCACUUGUAUGAUCGUUUCGCAUGACUCCGGUUUCUUGGACAACGUCUGUACUGAUAUUAUUCACUACGAAGAGAAGAAACUUGCCUACUACCCUGGUAACCUUUCCAAAUUCGUCGAGAAAGUACCUGCAGCCAAGUCUUACUAUACUCUUGCUGCCACUUCCAUCAAAUUCACCUUCCCUCCUCCUGGCUCGUUGAUGGGUGUCCGAUCUAACACUCGAGCCAUUAUGAAGCUUGCCGCCUGUACAUUCACCUACCCCGGUGCUUCCAAACCUUCCUUGAAAAAUGUCUCUUGUUCGCUUUCCCUCUCUUCUCGAGUCGGUAUCGUUGGUCCCAACGGUGCUGGUAAAUCGACCUUGAUCAAGCUUCUUACUGGUGAGACUGUUCCUCAAGAAGGCGCCGUCCACAAACAUCCAGCUUUACGAGUAGGAUAUGUCGCUCAACAUGCUUUCCACCAUAUCAAUUUGCAUCUUGAUAAAACCGCUGUCCAAUAUAUCCAAUGGAGAUACCAAGAUGGACACGACAGAGAGAUGAUGGAGAAAGCUACUCGAGUCUUCACUGAUGAGGACCGAGAGAUGAUGGACAAACCAAUCGAAGGUAAAAACGGAGAUUUGAGAAAAAUCGAAAUGAUCUUGGGUAGACAAAAGUUGAAGAAGUCGUUCCAAUACGAAAUUAAAUUCAAAGGAUUGACUCAUAAAUACAACGCUUGGUUACCAAGAGAUUUACUGAUCGAAAAAGGUUUCCAAAAGCUCGUUGGUCAAUUCGACGAUAUGGAAUCUUCGAGAGAAGGUGCAGGACAAAGAGAUACUGCUGCCUCAGCAGUUAGAGAAGUCUUGGAAGCCGUUGGUUUAGAUGGUGAUAUUGCACAAUACAACGAAAUGUCUGGUUUAUCAGGUGGUCAAAAAGUCAAAGUUGUCAUUGCUGCUUCCAUGUUUAACAGACCUCAAUGUCUGUUCUUAGAUGAGCCUACCAAUUUCUUGGAUCGAGAAGCUUUAGGUGGUUUAGCAGUAGCUAUCAAAGAAUGGGGAGGAGCAGUCUGUAUCAUUUCGCAUUCUCAAGAAUUCGUUUCUGCUUUAUGUCCCGAAAUAUGGCAUGUCGACAAUGGUGAAUUAACCCACAAAGGUAAAGUCGCCAUUGUAGAAGAUGCUUUCGACAACCCAUCAGUACCAACUUCAAGGGCAACUUCGAAAGCGGGUACACCACGAACUGUUCCCGGUACACCCGGUACUGCAACUCCUUCAGGCAGCGCAGCUCCCUCAGGAACUGAAGAAAUAGUAGAUGGUGUCGCUAAGUUGAUUGUCAAGAGAAAGAAGAAGAAGAUGACAAGAAACGAUCUUAAAGCUCAAGAAGAGAGACGUAGAAUCAGAAAACUCAAUUGGUUAUCUUAUGGUGGUGAAAGAGAACCCGAUACAGAUGAUGAUUAG